AUGGAAAUGCACAUGCUGCUUCCACUAGUUACCACCACGGUGCUCCUCUCGAUCCCAGCAUGGCAGCCGUUGGCCGCGGCGCCGGCGUGCCAGCGGAGGUGCGGCGGGGUGGACAUCCCGUACCCGUUCGGCAUCGGCCGCGGCUGCUUCCUCGACACGGGGGACAGGACCUUCGAGGUCACCUGCCGCAAAGCCACCGCUUCCGACGACGCCCGGCCCUUCGCCGACGGCUUCGAGGUGCUCGGCAUUGACCCGGGCCGCGGCAAGAUACGCAUCCGCAGCCCGGUCAGCUCGUGGUGCUACGACGGCGCGAGGCGGUCCAUGGGCGCGCCGGACACGUGGUCCUUCAACUCGACGGCGCUCCGCGUCUCCGACGCGGAUAACAAGCUCGCCGUCGUCGGGUGCAGCGCGCUCGCCUACAUCGGGUCGCAGGACGGCGCCGUGGAGAACCGGUACGUGGUGGGGUGCCACGCCGAGUGCGCCAGCGCGGCGUCGCUGUCCGACGGCCCGUGCAACGGCACAGGAUGCUGCCUCACGCCGGUGCCCCCCGGGAUCAGCUCCUUCGACGUGGCCUUCGACGACGCCUACAACAACUCCGCUGUCGCCGGCUUCAGCCCGUGCAGCUACGCCGUGCUGGUCGAGGCGGCGGCGUUCGAGUUCCGGGCGACCUACGUCACCACCGGCGCGCUCGGGGACGCCGGCGGCGUUCAGGUGCCGGCGGUGCUGGACUGGGCGGUGGGCAACCAGACGUGCCGGGAUGUGCGGCGGAAGAAGACGGGCGCGUACGCCUGCGCGAGUGCCAACAGCGAGUGCGUCGACGCCAAGAACGGCCCGGGCUACCUCUGUAACUGCUCCAAAGGGUACCAAGGAAACCCUUACGUCAUCCAUGGCUGCCAAGAUAUUAACGAGUGUGAGGAGAAGGCGUCGUACCCAUGUGCCAUUCGUGAUUCCUGCAUCAACACGAUCGGAGGGUACAAAUGCCCAUGCCCUGCACAAAAGCGAGGCUAUUCUGAUGGAACAUGCGAAGCGGAUAGAUCUAUAACUAAAUUGCAAAUCGCAAUAGGUUUUAGCAUCGGCGUGGUCAUGCUGGCACUAGGCAUGACCUGCACCUACGCCAUCCAAGAGAAGCGGCGGGUCGCCGUCGUCAAGACGCGGCACUUCCGGCAGCACGGCGGCCAGCUGCUGUUCGAGGAGAUGAAGAAGUCCAACAAGCAGGGAAUGUCCUUCACGCUCUUCACCAAGCAGGAGCUGCAGGAGGCCACCGGCAACUUCGACGAGCGGCACGUGCUGGGCAAGGGCGGCAACGGCACCGUGUACCGCGGCACGCUCCAGGACGGCACGGCGGUGGCGAUCAAGCGGUGCAGGAUCGCCGGCGAGGACGAGCGGCAGCAGCGGGAGUUCGGCAUGGAGACGCUCAUCCUCGCCCAGAUCAACCACAAGAACAUCGUGAAGCUCUACGGGUGCUGCCUCGAGGUGGAGGUGCCCAUGCUCGUCUACCAGUUCAUCCCCAACGGCACCCUCUACCAGCUCCUCCACGGCGGCGCCGCCGUCGUGCCGUUCGCGGUGCGCCUGAGGAUCGCGCACGAGACGGCCGAGGCGCUGGCGUACCUGCACUCGAUGGCGUCGCCGCCGAUCAUCCACGGCGACGUCAAGUCCCCCAACAUCCUCCUCGACGAGAACUACGGCGCCAAGGUGUCCGACUUCGGGGCGUCGUCGCUGGCGCCGGCGCCGACGGACGAGGCGCACCUGGUGACGUUCGUGCAGGGGACGUGCGGGUACCUGGACCCGGAGUACAUGCAGACGUGCCGGCUGACGGAGAAGAGCGACGUGUACAGCUUCGGCGUGGUGCUCCUGGAGCUGCUCACGUCGCGGAAGGCGCUGAACCUCGCCGCCCCCGACGACGAGAAGAGCGUCGUCGCGAGCUUCCUCACGGCGGCGAGGGACGGCAGGCUGGACGGCCUGCUGGACGCGCGGAUCAAGAGCGAGGUGGGGGCGGAGACGCUGGAGCGGGUGGCCAAGCUCGCGAAGCUGUGCCUGGAGAUGUCCGGCGAGAGGAGGCCCUCCAUGCGAGAGGUCGCCGAGGAGCUUGACGGGAUCAGGAAGGCGUCCUCACAGAACCCAUGCUUACUAGGUGAGGGUGAAGAAGCUCUGUCAGACUACUCUGUUGUGGAUAUGUGUGACUGGUGA